CGUACCUGUGGAAUGAAUGCAAGAGAUCAAUUUAUCUGAUCUGACAACUUGAUCGAUUCAUCCAUCACUCGAGGUUCGUGGUGCUACUGAACGGCACGGCACGACACGCGCGGGAGACGAAUUCCGUCUUUGUUUACACCAACGGUUUUUAUCGAUAAGCGGCAAUCCCCGCAUCUAGGGGAAGAGCAACAAGACGGAGCAGAGGUGGAAGAGUAUAUCUUCACUUGUUCACUUCUUCGCUCAUCAAGAGUCGGGAAUCCCGUUUCCCUUCCCAUCCCAUCUUUCGCACCCCUGGUGGUGACUGGAAAGUCGGAACUCCGCUCUUUGUCCCUGUAUCUCUCGUUGCGACGUGAGAACGCAGAAACAUGGCGACCCUGGCGGAGAAUAUCAUCUGCCCUGAAGAAAUAAGCAUGCCAUCGUCACCUACACCUUCAUCUUCAUCAUCAUUCACCACCAGCAACCUGCUGCCGAAACCUUCAGCCCAUCGCAGGGCCCGCUCGUCGUUCGCAACGCCCUCGGUAGCAACCAGCAGAGACACGAGUGCGGUCUGGGCGGAGGACUACUACUGUGAUACUGAGUUCGGAGACAACCUAGGAACCUUCUCCCUCGAGAACAAAGGAAAGCGAGGAUCGACCUUCCUCCAACCUCCAGAGCCUGUCGCACUUGCUUCGACGCCCUUCCUUCGAUCAGUUUCGUUGUCGUCCGAAGACGAGGACGUUUAUCAACCUCCACAACCCGACCCUCCUCAGCGCACCUUCACAUCAUUUCUACCCUUCCGCAUGCCAACUCGCAGCAAUUCAGUACGUCCAAACAAGCGUCCCACGAAGGAGAAUACCCAGCCCCUACUCGACGAACCAUUCAUGCCUACGCUCACAGGAGACCGCGACGGGGUCAACCGUGGUGAGGAGAAGCAGAAGGGAGGAGGACUGAGUUCCUGGUUCUCGGGCUCCAGCACGCCGGUGCCUGUGGGACUCAUCACGGAGCAAGAGAGUCUCUCUCCACCGCCGAAGAUGCCAUCGAAGGGAGUAUCACCCGAGCAAAAUAGUGCGAACGGACAAGCUCCCUCGCAGCCCGACGCCAAUAGGAGCCGUAGCAGCACAACGACCAAGCAACGCGCUAGCUCAACGGCAACAAGCCGAUUCAAUUUCUUCUCGGGCCAGAAAUCCCCAACCAAACAGACCAUACAAUUACCCACGAGCAUGGUGGAUAAGGACGAGUUCCUCACAUUAGACAUCGGCGCUGCGCUCUUCCCUUCUUCGUCUGCCUCCGCCCAAGACCCCUUCUCACCAGCGGCCUUCAAGAACUUGUUGAUGAACGCCGAGGGUCUCCUGCUCCGAAUGCAGACGGCAUACAAGUUACGCACUCUCUCACUCCACGAGCUCAGCGCCGAGAAGGAAGCGCAAAAGGAAGAGCUGGAAGAAGCGGAAACGAGAGCCCAAUGCCUAAGAGCACAGCUCAUCGAAAUGAGCAACAAAGUUGCGGAGCAAGAUCGCACGAUGCAAGACCUCCUGGAACAACUGGCCCGGGAGAAGCAAGCCCGCGCCGAAGAGCGCGACGCCCGCGAGAAAUCCAUCGCCAAUAUCAAAGCCCAGCGCGAGCGCAGCCUCUCCGAUGCCGAAGAUCUCGGCAUCAGCACAGCCUCAUCACGCCGCCGCGGCCAGAGCACCAGCUCCGGCACCAGUUCUAGCGACUUCUCUGAGGAGAGCGACCACGACACCGACGCCGCCUCGUCCGUCUUUUCGCGCAGCCGCAGCCCUACCCUCACCGUCGCCAGCUCCGAAUCCGCUGACGACUUCCUCCCCUUCCAGCAGUCCCCCUCCUCCUCCUUCCGCAAACUCACUCCGUCCCAAGCAGCCGCGGACCGCAUCGCGCACCCGCAUGCCCGUGCAGGGUCCGUUGACGACAGCGGCUGUCCAAACUGCGGCGGGCGCGACGCGAGCGUGGCGUGGGAUGCGGUCGGGUUGCUGCGUGCAGAGAACCAAGGCUUGAAGGAGCGCGUGGGCCAUCUCGAGGGCGCCGUCGAGAUGGCGCUGGAUUUAUGCUCGGGCGUUCGAGGUCGCUAAGCAUCCAUCCCUUUUAGGAAUGAAUAGGGAUUGGGAAAUCCAAACAUAACAUACGAUACAUUACAUACGGUAUAUACAGUACAUAAAACCACAGCUCCCGAAAACCGACUGGUUUAGUUGGUUUAUCAAGAAAAGAAAGGAACGAACGAAGCAAGGAAGGGAGGGGGAUCAGGUGAUGAUUGGCGUUGUACAAUUCCACGACUGGCUGGCUGGCUCUUUUAUGAUGGGGUAGUGGUUUUUCUACUUGUUACUUUUUGACUCUUCUUCUUGUUCUAUCUUUCGACUUGGGGGUUUCGGAUAAGCAUGGGAUGGCAUGGG